AUGGAGAACCUUCACAGCACAGCAGCAGCAGGUGGAGGAGAGGCUGAGAUCAGAUCUGAGGUCUCGUCUUUGAAAGAAAACUGUGACACAGAUCCUGUUUUCUGUUUCUUCGUCCAUGAAGGUGAAGAAGAUGAGAACGAGGAACGCUCCAACAAAGGUUCCUCAGGUGAGGACGUGAGUGGAAACAUGUCAGUGAAUGUUUCUGAUGAACUCACCAAGUAUCCAUGUCAAAGACAAACUGAGACACUGAUUGAUAGACUUCAGCUUCAAGACAAACUUCAGCAGAAAUUCUCACCAGAGGAUUUUCUUCAGAUCCGUCCACCUGUGACACGGCACCAUGUCACAUCUGAGAAACAUCUGGCUCACAUGUUUGUCCGCAGGCUGAUGACGUUAGACUGCAGGGCCAGAUAUAUUCCUGUAAGAGCAGACAGUCCUGAGGGGACAGAGCCAAAGCCCAGGCCGGUGACUGACAUCCCUGAGAAGGAUUACAGUGAUUGGGAGGUUUUUCUGAACACCAGCGUGGACACAGAACAGACUCGUGUGCAUCCAAUGGAUGUUCAGAUGGCCGUGUUUCACUGCUCAGACAGCUUCCUUAAACAGACGAUGGUCACAAAGCUCUCUCAGUGUCAGUACGCUUUACCUUUGCUGGUCCCUGACCCAGUCACAAUGGAGAUGGAGUGUCCUCUGUGGACUUUCAGACAGAUAACAAAAACCUGGACGGCGACUCAGAUCAAAGAUGGCUCACCCAUCGUCACCAUGAAGAGUGUUCCAGUCUGCAAAGCUCAGACACCCUUGGUGUCAUUUUUCCGCCUGGGUUCUCUGUCAGUGUCUAAAUCUCAGCUGAUGAACGCUUUGAUCAACGACCGUCACAGCACCUUCUUCCACAGGAACUGCCCAGGAAGCACCAGGUCUCGCCAUCUGAUGGAUGGUGUGGCAGAGAUAGCCUGGUACUGCCCUGCUGGGAAACCCACUGAUGCCUUCAGGGACUGCAUGGCUUUUUGUAAUCUUCACGGUGAUGCUCUGCAGAUUGAAAAACAGCGCGACAUACUGAUUAAAAAAUCCUCCAUCAACGUUUUCCUUGUUGCAUCCCUGCAAAAAGAUGAAGAAAGCAGAUCACUUAUAGCCGCCCUCUUUAAGUCUCAUAAACCUCUAAUAUGUCUCAGUGAUGAUGACAGCUGUGAUGCUCUCAAGACAAAAAAGGGAAAAUACAAAAUGGGCCUCAAAGGCAGAAACCAGUCAGAUGUAUCUGAAGAGCUGAAAAAGAUCAUUAGAGAAGUUUUAUCUUCUCUAGAAGAGUCCAGUGUGAAACCAUCCUUCCAGCUUGAAGCCCUGGCCGAGCUCUCUGGAGUCAGAGUGGAUGAAAAGAACAUUUCUUCUGUUCUCCAAAGUUAUGAUGAAAAGUGGUUGGAGGUCUUAGCUCUGAAGAACAAACAUGACAAAUCUGGUCUGUUAUUAAUGAAACAAACUGAGCUCCAAGACUUGUCCCACAAACUGCAGUCUGCAUCCUUCGGCUUGGAGCACAUGUUCAGAGAAAUGGCACACAUCUAUGAAGCCCACAGAACAACAGAUGGAGAGAGCAGAGACGCUGACUGGUGUAAAUACCCUGAGCUGGCUGCACAGCUGAUGAUAUCAGGACACCCAGUGGAGCUGAUGGACGGGGACGCAGGUCACCUGCCUUUCACAUGGAUCUCCAGCCUCUUAGAGGAAGUCAUCCAGAAACUGGGGGACCAGAGAGUUUUUGUGUUGUCAGUGUUGGACCUCCAGAGCAGUGGGAAAACAUCACUGCUGAGCUCCAUGUUUGGACUGCAGCCUGCAGUAGGUGCUGGCAGGAGUACCAAGGGUGCCUUCAUGCAGCUGCUCAAAGUAUCAGAGGACAUGAAGACAGACGUUGACUAUGUUCUAGUGGUGGAAACUGAAGGUCUGCAGGCUUCUGAGCUGGACGGUAACAACACUCGUUACCGUGACAACGAACUGGCGACAUUUGUCAUUGCUCUGGGAAACGUGACACUGAUCAGCAUCUUUGGAGAUAAUCUGUUGAAGAUCCAAGACAUUCUGCAGAUUGUUGUUCAGGCUUUGAUGAGGAUGAAAAAAGUUCAGCUUUCUCCCAGAUGUGUGUUUGUUCAGGAUGUUCCAGAUGUUGCAGCAGCAGAGAAGAACGUGGACAGAAAGAGACGCCUGCAGGAACAUCUGGACCAGAUGACCAAACUAGCAGCUGAAGAGGAGCUUUGUGAUGCUGAGCGCUUCAGUGAUGUCAUUGAAUUUGAUGUUCAGGAAGAUGUGAAAUACUGUGGGCAGCUGUGGGAGGGCAGUCCACCCAUGGCUGCUCCUAAUCCAGCUUACAGUGAGAGCCUCCAAGAAGUGAAGAACACCAUCCUCUCUAAAGCUUCAAAGUCCGCUGGGAUCACUCUCUCACAGCUCAGAACCAAAAUUCAGGACCUGUGGAACUCCCUCCUCAGUGAGAACUUUGUUUUCAGUUUCAAGAACACACUUGAAGUUGUAAUGUACAGAAAGCUGGAGGUCCUGGCAAGAAAGCAGACCUCAGACCUGAGGAGUAACAUGAAGACUGAAGACCAGCUUCUUAGUAUGACUGAAAGUGGAAAACACGAUGAGGCGGGGGUAAGUUAUCUUUAUCAAGAAACAAACUGA